AUGAUAAAUAAUGCUGAGCUUAAAAAAUGUGCAACUCUGCGUAAUAGAAGGAAGAUUAGAAAAAAAUUGCACAAAGCUCUCGCGAGUCCCGGGGAUUGGGAAAGGCACAAUAGCGCCCUGAAGAAGCUUGCGGCACCGAAGCGAGUUCAUGAACAACCGCAACCACCGAAACCAACGAAGAAGAAAAAGUAUAGCUUGAAACGUUUGAAUGUAUUGGCUCAGCCAAUCAACUUGCAUCCAAUUAUGAUGCCAGAUCCUUUUUCUGUGAAACAAUCUGCUUUAACAUAUAGGAUUACGAAACAUAUGAAACAUCUAGCAAAAAUGAAGGACAUACCACAGCCUAUUUUCAAUGUGCCUGGACGAGUAAAUCCCAUGGCCCUGCUCAUCGAGGCAAGCACUAGAAUUAUAAACUUGGCAAAGUCUGUUGUGAGACCAUUGGGUUUAGAAACAGAUCUGAAGAAGAAUGCCUUCAGCGUGUCACCAUCUGCACUGAAAGCAAUAUGCAGUCCACGAUUAAAAGUUCUUGCAAAGCCGAAGAAACGUCCGCCACACAAACGUUAA